UGGCGCCUUUGUCCUGGCGGGCGGCGGCCUGAGGCGGACCGGGCCCGGCGCGGCGAGUUGGAUUUGGAACGAAAGCAAAAUGGCUCGAGGACGCAAGAGCAAUAGCAUCAAUCAGAGCGACUUCACUAACAGCACCAAUCCUCAGGAUUUAGAGAGAAGACUUUUUAUCGGCAAUUUGCCCACAGACCACAUGACUCGUGAAGAAAUGCAAGAGAUAUUUUCAAAAUAUGGCAAAAUCAGGGCCCUCAGCAUGUACCAUGGCUAUGGGUUCGUGCAGUAUGACCGUCUAGAAGAUGUCCAGGCCGCUCUGGACGGUGAGAAGGGUCGCCUUUAUAAAGGGUAUAGAUUAGAUAUUAAAAAAGCAGUGGAAAGAAGAAAUAUGAAUAAGGCUUCAUCAAGGUCCAGUCCGGCACGAAGAGAACCGUAUGCCUAUGGGGAUGGCCGAGAUGCCAGACGUGACCGCUCUCCUCUUCGGGGGAGUCCACGGAGAGACCCCAGGGAUGGCAGGGAUGGUAGAAACGGCCGAGAUUCCAGAGACGCUCGAGACAUUCGAGCCAGAGACAUGCGUGACGCCAGAGACCACAGGGACCGGCGGGACAUGCGAGACCCACGGGAUAUCAGGGACCCAAGAGACUUGAGGGACCCUCGUGAUCUUAGAGAUCUUCGUGACCCACGGGAGCCACUGUACGAUCGAUACAGGGACCCACGGGAUAUGAGGGACCCACGGGAUAUGAGGGAUCCACGGGAUAUGAGAGAUCCUCGGGACCCUUUGUACAGACGAGAUGAAGGUUAUGACCGUUACCUUCACAUGGACGACUACUGUCGGCGGAAGGAUGACUCUUACUACGACCGUUACAAAGAGCAUUUUGAUAGAGCUCCAGUGAAUUCAGACGACCGUCUGAAGCGUGAGGAGCGGCGCCGAGAGGAGCUGUACCGUCAGUACUACGAGGAAAUCAAGAGGCGUUUUGAUGCAGAGAGACCUGUGGAUUGUUCUGUGAUCGUGGUGAAUAAACAGACCAAGGAGUACGCGGAGUCAGUGGGGCGGAAGGUGCGGGAUCUGGGCAUGGUAGUGGACCUCAUCUUCCUCAACACAGAGAUGUCACUGACGCAAGCCCUGGACGAUGUGAGCAGAGGAGGGUCUCCUUUUGCCAUUGUCAUCACCCAGCAGCAUCAAGUUCACCGCUCUUGCACUGUUAACAUCAUGUUUGGCACCCCACAAGAACACCGCAACAUGCCCCAGGCUGACGCCAUGGUGCUGGUGGCAAGGAAUUACGAGCGCUACAAGACGGAGUCGCGGGAGAAGGAGCGGGAGGAGAUCGCCCGGCAGGCUGCCAAGAUGGCAGACGAGGCUGUUCUGCAGGAGCGGGAGCGCCCACCCCCCAUGGAGGAGGGUGUCAGAGGAGGUCACCCUCCAGGGAUCCAGACUCUCUUGAACCUGCUGGCAGACAAUCGCUGUCUGACUGCCGAGGAGACUGAUAAAGUCAUUAAUUACUUGAGAGACCGGAAGGAACGGUUACUGAGGGGAAGCGGUGAUUCUCUGCAGGCAUCCAUGUCAAGACAGUCUCUGGGAGCACCUUCAGGAUCAUCUCUGGGGAGUCAGUCCAGCCUUCCAAGCUCUCAGGCUCAUCAGGGUUCACAGCCUCUGGUUUCUGCUCCUUCUGUUCCGGUCUCUUCUUCUAAUCCUCAGCAGGAGCUUCAAGCAAAAAUCCUCAGUCUCUUCAACAGCGGGGCGGCAGCGGCAGCAGCUGCUGUGGCAAACAGCGGUUCUGCAGCCCCUGCAGGCGCCUCGGGUGGCACUCCCAACCAGAACUUUGCUAACAUGGCCAGCGGUCAGGCCCGCUCAGCACCCCUCAGUGCUGGAAAUUUAAACCAGGCUCAGCAGAGAUUGCAGACUCCCAGCACGCAGCUUCCUGCUCUCCAAGGCCCUUCAAGAAAUGCAGGCCCGAGACCUGGGGCUCCUCCGCCAGCUCAGUCGCUCUACGGGCAGCACCAAAAUCGCCUCCCUGCACCUGGCAACGUACCUGCUCAAAGGCCGGUGUCUUCUGGUAUCAACUUUGACAACCCCAGCGUACAGAAAGCCUUGGACACCCUUAUCCAGAGUGGUCCUGCACUCUCCCACUUAGUGAGCCAAACGGUGGCCCAGGGGCGAGCAGGCUCCUCAGCCCAGCAACCUAUGGGUUCCUACCAGCGACACUACUAAAGCUGAGCUGGCAGGCCCUGUCCCCUUCCCUUUGCCAUUCCAUACUUAUAGCUGUUUAAG